UCAGUUGAGUACACCGAAUGAAUGACAACCUGCGCACUUGCUAGUUAGGACGAGACUGCCGAGUACUGUGCUCCUACGGCCAAUCAAAUCUUGUUCUGGCAAGUAGCGUAACUAAAGAUGGCUGCCGUAGAAGUUGAGCGUUCGAAGCUUGAGUCUUCACUGCGUAACCUUAAAUUAUCCGGUCACGUAGGGUUUGACAGUCUCCCUGAUCAGCUGGUCAAUAAAUCCGUUCAAAAUGGAUUCGUAUUCAACAUUUUAUGCAUCGGAGAGACUGGUCUUGGAAAAUCAACACUUAUGGACUCGCUUUUUAAUACAAGCUUCGAAUCUACUCCAAGUCCACAUAGUUUGCCUUCGGUGAAGCUGAAGGCUCAUACUUAUGAGCUACAAGAGAGCAAUGUUCGUCUAAAGUUAACCAUAGUUGAUACGGUUGGAUAUGGAGAUCAGAUCAAUAAGGAAGACAGUUUUAAGGCUGUUGUUGAUUAUAUCGAUGCUCAAUUCGAAGCAUAUCUCCAGGAAGAACUUAAAAUCAAACGUUCAUUGUCUACUUAUCAUGAUAGCCGUACGCAUGUGUGUCUCUACUUUAUCUGCCCCACUGGACAUGGACUGAAAUCCAUUGAUCUCGUAUGUAUGAAAAAGCUUGAUACCAAAGUAAAUAUCAUUCCAAUAAUCGCAAAGGCCGAUACAAUUUCGAAGACUGAAUUACAAAAAUUUAAGAGUAAAAUAAUAUCCGAACUACAAAACAACGGUGUUCAUAUCUACCAAUUUCCAACUGACGAUGAAAGUGUAACUGAUGUCAAUACCUCAAUGAAUGCUCAUGUGCCAUUUGCUGUAGUUGGCAGUACAGAUUUUGUGCGAGUCGGUAAUAAAAUGAUGAGGUCUCGCCAAUAUCCAUGGGGUACUGUACAAGUCGAGAAUGAGUCUCACUGCGAUUUUGUAAAGCUACGCGAAAUGCUAAUUAGAACAAACAUGGAAGAUAUGCGAGAGAAAACUCAUUGUCGUCAUUAUGAAUUAUAUCGCAAAAAAAGACUAGAACAGAUGGGAUUCAGUGACGUUGAUAGCGACAAUAAACCAGUCAGCUUUCAACAGACAUUUGAGGCAAAGCGUUCGACUCAUUUACAAGAACUCCAGCAGAAAGAAGACGAAAUGCGCCAAAUGUUUGUCGUACGCGUAAAAGAGAAGGAAGCUGAGUUGAAAGAUGCCGAAAAAGAGUUACACGUGAAGUUCGAUAAACUGAAGAAAGAUCACACCGAAGAAAAAAAGAAGCUAGAAGAAAGCCGUAAGAAACUGGAGGAUGACAUUCUAGAAUUUAACAGAAGGAAAUCUCAGAUCGCCCAGCAGCCUCAACAUCAUACUCUAACACUAGGAAAAAGCAAGAAAAAGUAGAAUUAUAUGGAAUUCCAAUUUCUAAAAACACAACGCUUCCCUUUUAUCAUACAUUGUACUUUCAUUAGCCAUGGUUUUUGUCCGACUAUAUACAUGUAUUUAUUUCUAGUAUUUUAUAUUAUAGAGUAUUCAUUUGUGACGCGAGUAUGAGAGACUUAAACCUGUAUUAUCCAAAGUUUUCAAUGAAUAAGAUUAUCCAUAUAUUUUAACGUGUAUUAAUCGUGAAUCACAUUAUUGACAUUAGAUGUAUAUUUUUACCCAAUGCUUCUGGUUACUGAAGAAAUGUGACUUGUCUCCCCUUACUUGAUUUUACAAUUGUGGUAACGAAACUCCAUAAUGAUGAAUUUAUGCUCAUAGUAAACAGAAAACCGCUAAUUUCUAGCCAAAUCAUUUUGUAUCAGGAUCCAUUCUGAGAUCCAUUCAAAGUGCUCUCUUUAUACACAUUAUCAAUUAGGCAGACAUAAAAAUAUAGUUAUAUAUAUAUGUAUACAUAAGAUAAUCGAAAUAUAUUAAAUAUUUAGAUACCUGA